CUGUAUCGCCGUCCUUCCGCUCGUACAACACCGUCCUCGCGGCACUGGCCAGGGCGAACUGCCACGCCGAUGUGCUCGCGCUCUACCGCCGUAUGGUCCACCGGGACCGCAUCCCGCCCUCCACCUUUACCUUCGGUGUCGCUGCGCGUGCACUCUGCCGCCUCGGACGCGCUGAUGAGGCGCUCGCGAUGCUCCGCAGUAUGGCGCGGCAUGGGUGUGUGCCCGAUGUGGUGCUCUAUCAGACGGUCAUCCACGCCCUGUGUGAGCAGGGUGAGGUCGCCGAGGCUACCACGCUCCUCGACGAGAUGUUCCUCAUGGGGUGCUCUGCUGAUGUCAACACGUUCAAUGACAUUGUGCAUGGGCUAUGCAUGCUUGGGCGUCUCCGCGAUGCUGCAAGGCUUGUGGACAGGAUGAUGAUAAGAGGCUGCGUGCCAAACACCAUGACAUACGGGUUCCUUAUCCAGGGUCUGUGCCGAGCAAGGCAGGUGGACGAGGCACGCACAAUGCUCGGGAGGGUGCCGGAGUUGAAUGUCGUGUUAUUUAACACAGUGAUUGGCGGAUGUCUUUUGGAUGGGAAGCUAACAGAGGCGACAGAGCUGUAUGAGAUAAUGGGAUCAAAAGGCUGCCCACCAGAUGCACACACUUACAGUAUAUUGAUACAUGGGCUUUGCAAGCUUGGGAGGCCUGGUUCGGCCAUGCGGUUGCUUAGAGAGAUGGAGGAUAAGGGUUGUGCUCCAAACGUAGUGACCUACACGAUCUUGCUGCAUGCUUUUUGCAGGAAUGGCAUGUGGGAUGACAUGAGAGCAACGCUGAAGCUAAUGUUGGCAAAUGGCUUGAGUCUGAAUUCACAAGGAUACAAUGGAAUGAUUUAUGCUGUAUGUAAGGAAGGCAGGAUGGAUGACGCGAUGACACUCAUGCAAGAGAUGAAGAGUGAAGGUUGCAAGCCUGAUAUCUGCACGUAUAAUACAAUAAUUUAUCAUCUCUGCAACAAUGGCCAGAUCGAGGAGGCUGUGUAUCUAUUUGAAAAUUUGGUUGACGAGGGUGUUGUUGCGAAUAGAAUAACUUACAAUACACUCAUUCAUGCACUGUUGUGCAAAGGAGGUUUGCAGGAUGCCAUACGGCUUGCAAAUGAAAUGGUACUUCAUGGUUGUUCACUUGAUGUUGUUAGUUAUAAUGGUCUGAUUAAAGCCCUGUGCAAAGAUGGGAAUGUUGAUCAGAGCAUGGUGUUGCUCGCGGAAAUGAUAGAAAAGGGAAUUAAGCCAAAUAACAUUUCAUACAACCUCUUGAUUAGUGAGCUCUGCAAGACAAGAAGGGUGCGUGAUGCACUAGAGCUCUCGAAGGAGAUGUUAAACCAAGGGCUUACUCCUGACAUUGUCACAUACAACACACUCAUAAAUGGAUUGUGCAAAAUGGGAUGGAUGCAUGCUGCGCUGAAUCUCCUAGAGAAGUUACAUUCUGAAAAUGUGCAUGCAGAUACUAUUACAUACAAUAUCCUCAUUAGUUGGCACUGCAAAGCGAGAUUGCUUAAUGAUGCUAAUAUGCUUCUAAACAGAGCAGUGACUGUUGGGAUAACACCUAACGAGCGCACUUGGGGAAUUAUGGUGCAAAAUUUUGUCAGACAUCCACUCAAUUUUUUGUCCGACGAGGUUAAAGGGCAUUAAUUUCUGUUUGCUGUGUACUGUAUGUUGGUUGUCAUGGCUUUUGGAGUUACCACAGCUACAGAUGUUGUGAAGAUCAGAAUGGGCAGCUCAUGGUGUCCAUCAUAAUGUUCAUCAUGCUUGACCUGGUCCAUCAAUUUGUUAUCCAAGAUUUGGCUCAGGAGAGUGCAGCAUAUGCAGGUAGACACGAAGAUGGUGAGUCAGUGACCAUGGUUGCUCUGUUGAGUUCAGGGGAGCAAAUCAACCGAGGAACUCUGAUCGUAUGAUUUUUAGAAUGGUUUAUGUGUAAGCCACAAAUUUUCAUGCAUGAAACUGUUAAUCUUAACGAGCAUAUGUGUGCUAUUUGUUAACCACAUCAUAUUGAAGUUCGUAACUCAACAUACCCGCUGCAUAUUAGUACCUAGUGAAUGCCUGAAAAUAUUAUCCAUUCAUCAAAAAUAUCACCGCGAUUGUAUACAUGUUUCUGUACUAAUAUAGUUGUUUUCAUGUCAUCUAGAUCGUACCAAAUAUAGUAACAAUCAAAUCUGCAAUUUUGGGCAAGGUUAAAUGCUACUCCCUCCGUCCCAUAAUAUAAGACGUUAUUACAACCAAUGUACUCACAUAUUGGUUGUAGUAACAUCUUAUAUUAUGGGAUGGAGGGAGUAUUAAAAAUUAGUCUUGGCUUAGUAUGGUAAUAGUUGUUGGUCACAGCCAUUAAAACGAUUUAUUAGUCCUAUCAGGUUAUUUAAACUGCGGCAAGGAAUGAACAUUACAGCUUAUCUGCGUCAUGACCCUCUCUGAUUUUCUUUGAUGUUGUUUCAUUCCUUGUCCAAGUAAUGCUUGUAAGUCUUUUGUCUGAAUUGAAAUAAUAUGUCAUAUCUGUAUAUUUUACCCCACAUCAUCUUCAAAAAGAUGUUCCUUUUCCGCAGCUCAAGAGAGAGCAUUAUUGUGGACGCCGGUGAGCAUCCUUCUUCCUUCUGAAUUGUGUCUAAUUGCCUCUGGUCAUAAAUAGCAAGACACUGAUGGAGGAGCCGCCCAGCUCAUGCUGCGAUUAUUCAAGCUUUCCGUACUAAGAAAGCACUGACUGCCAGGAAAGGGAAGUGGACCGGGUGCCACAGUAUGGUCUAGUAGUUUGUCAUGUGGUUCCCUCUUUGCAGUGUGUUCUGUGUUGCUUCUUGUUUUUCGAUGGUCUUCUGAAUGCAGUUUUGCUUUGCACCAGAGCUCUUAUUGACCAGUUAACUACUAGGAUGAUGUCAUGAUGAUGCCUACCCUGCAUCCGUGCAUUGGGCCUUCUGCUCCAUGGACCGGAAGUGAGAUCCUUCCUGUCGUAAUAUAUGCCCAAGGACACCAACCCCUUUGAUGUUUCUAGAGCAUCCAAAACUUCCUGUGUUACGUUUCCUAAGAUUAUUUGCUACUUUAUAGCACUGUAUUUGCAUUGUGGCUGGAUCAGGCACUAUCUGAUGCCAUGUAAUACAUGCCUUGAAGCAUUAACCUUUAUGACAUUUUGUGAAUGGCAGAAACUCCCUUCUUAGAUUUGCUAAGAAAGUAUGCUACCAUGUACUCCCUAUGUCCCAUAAUGUAAGACGUUUUUUGACACCCAUAAUGUGUCAAAAAACGUCUUACAUUAUGUGUCAAAAAACGUCUUACAUUAUGGGAUGGAGGGAGUAAUAUAGUAUUUGCAUGCAGUUACUAUGUGCGCCAUCUAGGAUUGUGUGCUACUUACCCCCAUUGUUUGUGUGAAUACCUUGUUUUUGUAUACAUGCGUUGCAGGACUUAGGUCUGCUUUUCACGCAAAAGGGCGCACCUGACCACCCAGGAGGCGCACAAAGGCACGCUGAAGCAAAAUCAUUCUCUUGCAGGCCCUGUAGCUUAGCAGAUGUGUGCAGACUAUGUAGGCUACUGUUUAACUGCUAUUGUUGUUGGAGCCAUUGGCUAUUUAUGCAUAAGAUGGAAGGUGAACUCGGAUUUUUGUGAGGGGAAUUGGAUUUUUUCCAGAUGGCUUGCUCUUCGUGAUGUGGUUGGUACUAAUGAACUGAUGGCAGGCAUCAAGGUUGCAUCUUAGCCACAUUUCCCUUUCUAUAGUUGCCAUUUAGUUGAUUAACAUACAUUGUACAAUUUCAGUCAGGCACAUUCUGGGUCAAUAAAUAUUGAAUCAGCUA